CAUAGCUCCGCAGAUCGUCAGCGAGUGUAGCUGCUUUUCGUAAGCAUCCAAAACUCUCGAACGCAGCUCGUCACAGUUGGUCUUGUGGCUCCGUCCCGUUCGGUUCAGUUCAAUCAAGUUCUCAGUUCCAAGUUUACGCGAGUGUUGUGCAGCCGAGUUUUGUCAUCUCGAUAGCUAGCUAGCUAGAACUAGCUUAGUCAAGCGCUCAUUUUGCACUCGCUCGAUCGCAAACGUCAUUUGUUGUUUGUUAUUGUUCUUGUUAUUCCCCGCAUCGCACAUUUUCGCUCUUCACACGUAAUUGCCAGUAAAGCAGCCAAAGUGAAUUUCUUAAAGCAAUACAUCGACGAUAUCCGCAGGAUAAUCGAGGAGAAAAUGUCGCUCAAUCCGAACGGGUAUAAGCUCUCCGAAAGGACGGGCAAACUAACAGCAUAUGAUCUCUUGCCCACGACAGUCACCGCUGGAGCAGAGACUCGUGAAUUUCUGUUGAAAGUAAUCGAUGUGCUCUUAGACUUUGUCAAGGCAACCAAUGAUCGAAAUGAGAAGGUGCUGGACUUUCAUCAUCCGGAAGAUAUGAAGCGUCUGCUCGACUUGGACGUGCCGGAUCGGGCGCUGCCGCUGCAGCAGCUGAUUGAGGACUGCGCCACGACGCUCAAGUAUCAGGUGAAGACAGGCCAUCCCCACUUCUUCAAUCAGCUGUCGAACGGCUUGGAUCUGAUCUCCAUGGCUGGCGAAUGGUUGACCGCCACUGCCAAUACGAACAUGUUCACAUACGAGAUAGCCCCGGUGUUCAUACUCAUGGAGAACGUGGUGCUCACCAAAAUGCGUGAGAUCAUCGGCUGGUCCGGCGGAGACUCGAUUCUGGCGCCCGGCGGCUCCAUUUCCAAUUUGUAUGCCUUCUUGGCCGCUCGCCACAAGAUGUUCCCCAACUACAAGGAGCACGGCUCGGCUGGCUUGCCCGGCACCUUGGUCAUGUUCACAUCGGACCAAUGCCAUUACUCGAUCAAGUCUUGCGCUGCUGUCUGCGGCCUCGGCACCGACCACUGCAUCGUGGUGCCAUCCGAUGAGCACGGCAGGAUGAUCACUUCCGAGCUGGAGCGCCUAAUACUGGAGCGCAAGGCCAAGGGCGACAUUCCGUUCUUUGUCAACGCCACGGCUGGCACAACUGUGCUGGGUGCAUUCGAUGAUAUCAAUACCAUUGCCGAUAUCUGCCAGAAGUACAACUGCUGGAUGCACGUCGAUGCUGCUUGGGGCGGUGGGUUGUUGAUGUCGCGCAAGCAUCGUCAUCCCAGAUUCACAGGAGUCGAGCGCGCGGAUUCUGUCACCUGGAAUCCACACAAGCUCAUGGGAGCCCUGCUCCAGUGCUCGACUAUUCAUUUCAAGGAAGAUGGCCUGCUCAUCAGCUGCAACCAAAUGUCCGCCGAGUAUCUGUUCAUGACCGACAAGCAGUACGACAUAAGCUACGACACUGGCGACAAGGUGAUCCAGUGUGGACGCCACAACGAUAUUUUCAAGCUUUGGCUGCAGUGGCGCGCCAAGGGCACCGAGGGAUUCGAGCAGCAGCAGGAUCGCUUGAUGGAACUGGUUCAGUAUCAGCUGAAGCGCAUUAGGCAGCAGUCCGAUCGUUUCCACUUGAUUAUGGAGCCCGAGUGCGUUAAUGUCUCGUUCUGGUAUGUGCCCAAGCGUUUGCGAGGUGUGCCUCAUGACAGCAAGAAGGAAGUGGAGCUGGGCAAGAUCUGCCCCAUUAUCAAGGGACGUAUGAUGCAGAAGGGCACACUUAUGGUUGGCUACCAGCCAGACGAUCGACGACCAAACUUCUUCCGGUCGAUCAUCUCAUCGGCUGCUGUGACCGAGCAGGACGUGGACUUCAUGCUUGAUGAGAUACACCGAUUGGGCGAUGACUUGUAAGCGAUUCUAGCUGAGAACCUAUAUUGUCUCCAAAAGAUAAAUCUAGCUACUGUUGUGUAGUCGAUGCAACCAAGAAGUAUCUUUAAGGUAAAAAGCAUAUCAUAAGAACGCGAAGAGAACAACGCUCAACUAAUCAAAGUUAUAUGUUACUGUACAUUGAAUUAUAAAGUGUUGCCGAAUCUUAUGUUUCUUUCGCUUUUUAGUUAUUGAAUUUUAAGACCCAACACAGUGUUGGAAAACUAUUAAAUAUGUACUCAUAAUAUAAUCAAAAUGUUGCCAAUUUUAAUGUUAUUUUAUGUUUCACGUUCACGAUGAAAUUUCAAGAGUUUAUUGCGACUGUUGCAGAUAAGAAUUAUAUCAAGUUAUUAUAUCGUAAAGAACUUUAAAAAAUAUCUCUGUGUACAUUUAUAAUGCAAUCCAAACACUACACAAAACCACCCGCCACACCCGCCACACUCACCACCAAACCAGAAACAAACAAAUCAAUUAAAAAAUCAAAGUUGGAACAUUUGAAAGCAAAUUAUAAGCGAAACAAAAUAAAACUUAAGAGCCUAAAUAUUGUAAAACGAUAUGAUAUCUUAACAUAUCAUUAAAGAAAAAAAAAAACAAAUCAGUCAAUGCUAAAAGUAUGUUGAAUUCUAAUUAACUCGUUUGCAAUUCUCAAAUUAUAUAGUUUUGUUGCAGCUAUAUAAAAAGUAUAUCUAGAGUUGAUCUAUGGCAAAGUUUAUGCUCCAGGCAAUUGUAUGUACCUUUACACCAUAUAUCAAAGAGACCUGUGCUUGUUAAAUUUUACAUUCUGAAAACAGUUCACACACGAAAGCUACAAGAUCAAUUGGGGGAAGCUGAAUGGGCUUCAAGCACUACGUAAGUUUGUAAGAAUGGGAUCUUAAGCCCAAAUUAGUCCAAGUAUCGAACUGUGCUAUAUACAUAAAUACGUAUAAACGAAUAAUUUAGUUGAAUCUUAGUUAUUGAUCGUGCUUAUCAUCGUAUACAAACGUCUGAUAUAUAUAUAUUGGAGAUAUAUUCGGUGUCAAUUAAAUGCAAUUAAAUAAACUGUUAAGAAAAGGUGUUGGAACAUUAUAUAUGAAUUUGAAUGAAUAUGAAUUUUUAAAAACUUAGGUUCGACUUUGUUAAAUUUGGUUAGAAAUGAGUUCCGAGAAAAAUCAAAAUGAAAACACACGUACAUAAUCUUUACCCGUAUAAAUAUAUUCACAAUUAUAUAUAAAAUAUACAUUUAUGUAAUUGUAGUUUAAUGUGCUGUUAACUAAGUUGAAUUGAAGUCAAAUUACAUACAUACAUAUAUAUUAUGUGUAUACCAGAUGAAUUAAAAAUUAAAUAGAAAAUCCAAAGUCAAA